AUGGUACCAUUACCUGAUGCUGUUGUCACUGACUUUGAGAAAGGAGCCAUGAACGCGGUUAAAGCCGUUCUCGGUGAUGACGUCAAGACUAGGGGCUGCUUUUUUCACCUUUGUCAAAGUACCUGGUCGAAAAUUCAGGAAACCGGACUGGUACCGAAGUACAAAGAAGACGAGAAGUUUCGGCACUUCAUGGGCAUGCUGGAUGGGCUGGCAUUUCUUCCCCUCAGUGAUGUUACUGACGGGAUGGCAUUCUUGAAGACAAUAGCCCCAGACGAAGCGGAGCCUAUUGUGACGUACUUCGACGAAACGUACGUCAACGGGACUUACCGUCAUAAACGUCUUCAUCAAAUCUGCGAGGAGUACGUAGAAGGCCGAAGAACCAUGGACAGUUUAUUCAGGGGCAUCGGCUACACAAUUCGCUUCGGCAUGGCCGUCGGAAAGAUUACAUCCAUCGUGGUCUCGGAGCUGAAUGACCUCAGUGGCUGGUGGCCGCAAAACUUUCCAGAACUUUGA